UGUCAUGCAGACGUCACAUGCAAGUAAACUGUCAAUUAUAUAUUUUAUUAUAUUUCAAUUUCAAUGAUUUCAUAAUUAACCUCUUUGUUAUUAACCUCGGUUUAACAGUGCGGUUGAAGUACAUUUCAUUGUUUUUGUGCAAAUUUAUAUUAUAAAAUGGUAUAUAAAUGGUGUAUAGUGCCACUAUGCACAAAUACUACUUUAAAAAAACCAGACAAAUUGUUUGUUUCCGUUCCUACAAAACCCGAAAAACGGAAACUUUGGUUACAAUUAGCUCAUAGAGACCCAAAGAGCAUUUUAUCACAUACAAAUGUUUUUAUGUGUGAAGAUCACUUUAAUAUGGAAAAAGAUACAAUUAACUACAUGAAGUAUAAAAUGGGCUUCAGUCAAAAAAUACUUUUGGCAAAUGAGGCAGUGCCUACUAAAUUUCAUUGCCAGAAAGAUAGGAGAAUUAGUGACAUUAGUACUUCUCUCCAAGAAUAUGCGAACGUUCAACCAGGGGUCACUGUUAAAAAGGAAGAAGAUAUAAGGCCUAUGCCAGUGGUGUUGGUUCGCUGUGCACUGGCAAUACCAGACACUCUGGAGAGUGCAGAUUGUGUGCGGGUGAAGACUGAGCCUUUGUGGGACCUCUCAGCCUCAUGUGUGCCUGAGACAGCCAGGCCGAUUGAGCGGGCGGUGAAGUUAGAGCGAGUUAGCGAUGAUGAUGACGAAGCCACAUGGGACGCCAUUGAGCCUCAGACAGCUGGGCUGAUUGAGCGGGCGGUGAAGUUAGAGCGAGUUAGCGAUGAUGACGAAGCCACAUGGGACGCCAUUGAGCCUCAGACAGCUGGGCUGGUUGAGCAUGUGAUGAAGAUAAAGGGAUGGGAUGACGGUGACAAUGCCUCUUGGGAUGUCGAGGGCUUCUGCGACCCAGAGGCACAGGCCGGGCACAUUGACCAUGUCGUGAAAGCAGAGGGAAGUGAGAGUGAGGGUAAUGAAGCAUUGUGGCGCCUGUACAAUAACCACGAGGUUAAGAAAGAACUUGUGUUGGGUCCCGAGGAGUUCCAACGGCCCAAAGUGACCUUAGUGUGUCAAGGGGGUGGGAUAUUGUCAAACCUGACAUGCUCGGUCAGACUGGAGCAGAUGCGAGUGGACAUGAAGAGCCAUACAUGCAGCAUUAGUCGGCACACAUACAAGUUCCGGCAGUGUUUCCUGAGUUAUGAAGACUAUUGCACAGAAGAGGGAUCUACUAGUAAUAAACUUGACAGACAAACUCAGCAUAUCAACGAUCCUGACCAUCCAGGAACCAAAUCUUCAAGGAACCCACUCAUUCAUCAGAAAACGCUUCUUGAAAAACCACACAAAUGCGCCUACUGCAAUUAUGCUACUAUUGAUAAGAUUAAUUUAAGAAAACAUGAAAAGACACAUAGUAGAAAGAAGCAGUACAUUGCAUCUCAGGAAAUUGAUUUAUGGGCACAUAAAACUAUACAUACUGAUAAAAACAUUUAUCAAUGUGCCCGUUGUAGUUUUACUACACUUUAUAAAUAUCAUUUAAAAAUACAUGAAAGGACACAUACUGGUGAUAAAACACCUUUCAAAUGUACCCAUUGUACUUUCACUACUGCUUAUAAGCAAUCUUUAAAAAAACAUCAAAACACACAUAGCGGGGUAAAACCUUACAAAUGUAACUACUGCAGUCACACUUGUACUCAAAGAAGUAAAUUGAAACAGCACGAAAUGAUACACACCGGAGAAAAACCAUACAAAUGUAAGCACUGCAGCUAUGCGAGUACGCAUGGCUUUACUUUAAGAAACCAUGAAAUGAUUCAUACAGGUGACAGACCUUAUAAAUGUACCUUCUGCAGUUAUGCUACUAUUAGUAGACCAAGUUUAAAACGUCACAUGAAUACACAUACAUAACGUGACACUUAAAGAAACACAACCUAGGUAUAGUGUUUAGAUUUCAAACAGUCCCCUUUCGGCUUAUCCUUUGUCUAUUGUUAAAUGAAACCGCACGUGCUACUUACUAGCAUAAAAAAAUGGUAGGGCCGUUUUAACCGGUUAUUGAAUUACCACUCUAUGAAGAUUGCAAUAAGGUUUAAAAUGAACUAAUGGGAAAACAUAUUCCAUAGCUGUGUGGUCUUUGCGGUUACUGAGUGCCGGCAAGUCGAACGCUACAGAACCAGUCUAAAAUGUGUCAUCGAUAUGCGUAACAAAGGCGCGUUAUCGGAGAGCGCACUUACACUGGUUUUUUUAGCGUUGGACUAGCCUGCGCUCAGGUGCCAUUUAAAAUUAUGCACGAACCAGGUAAGGGACAGGGACGGAUUGCGAUUAAAACAU